ACCUACAAUAUCUUAAAGCCUACAGCGACAAUUCACCUAUCCACAGAUGAUACAAGACUCAAAUAAAACAUCCAAAAACUCUGGUCGCAGGGUAAAACACUCCCGAGGUGGUUGUUCCACUUGCAAACAGCGGAAGAUCCGCUGUCCUGAAAAUAAACCCAAAUGUGAUCGCUGCAUAGCGGAUAACAGAGUCUGUAGUUACGGCUUCCAAUUACAAUGGGAGGACGACUCUCGCAAACGCGGAAUCAAACAUGGACGCACAGUUCGCGCGGACCGUGUUGGCUUAUCGGCCUCUAAAUCAGCGACGUGGCUAGACAUCCCGCGAGGUCAUGGAGGCAAAUAUUUCUUGAAUACAUUUGUGUCUGAUGUCGAUGGAGAUGUGGUGGUGCCUGCGAAGCAAGGGCUGGACUUUGAGAAGGAUACAGUUUGGAAAAGAGAAGCGACAUUUGCCACUGCGCCAGCCGGGAUGCCGACAUUGAAUUUCGCGACCCUGAGCAAGGAGUAUCACGACAUGGAUCCUAUUCUCUUUGAUUAUUAUGACCGAUCCGUCUCCCAUUCCAUACCACUUCUUGAUUCUUCUACGAAUCUGUUCCGCAAUCUGAUUCUUCCAUUGGCAACCACGAAUGAAACGGUGAUGCAUAUGGUCCUUGCCCUUAGUGCGUUAUCACUUUCAUCAACAGGACAAACGCGAUAUUAUCCUCUGGCGUUACGGCAUAAGCAACGUAGUAUGCGAUUAAUCCGUGAACAGAUCGCGUUUGACGCGAUGUCUGCGGCGAAUGAUGCGAAUGUGAUUGUUAUUUUGAUGCUUUCUGUUUUUGAGAUUUCUGAUAAUUGCCAAAUAUCAUGGGCAACGCAUCUGUGCGCUGCCCUGGACUUGAUGCGUCUGGCUCGCAGUGAACGAUCUGCACCUAUGAGAAUAAGUUCUCAAGUCAUAGAAUUCGUCUCUAGGUUUUUCCUUGUCAAAGAUGCUUUGGGAAGGUCGGCGUGUCGCAAAGUGGCCAAAGUGAUGCACGAAGUGCCGCUAGUGGAUUCAAACGAGAUCGAUCCAUCUAUUGGGUGCUCUUAUGAGCUAGUCAAUAUAAUAUCUAGAAUCACAGAUCUGGCAAGAGAUAUGCGUGAUCCGGCAACCGACAGAGAAUUCUGGCGCAAUGAGACACUGGAAGUGGAACAUCAGCUGGAGACGCUAAUACAACUCGUCCCACCUACUUAUCUCCAGGAUAUAGACCCCUUAGGCCCAGAAACCUUACCUACACCUCCCACAACUUCCGACGAACCAAUAACAAUCCUUCUCAACACAUCUCUCCUAAUGCAAACCGCCGCUCGACUCUUCUUCCAAGCUACUCUACGCUCCCUCAACCCACAAACGUCUCACGCUCGCGCGCUCAUCACAGAGAUAAUUGGGUAUACUCAACAACUCUCACCAAACCAUCUUCGAUCCGCACAUCUAUGGCCGCUAUUUGUCGGAGCGGUCUACUCAACAGGCAAUGAUGAAGAGCGCGUAUGGUUUUUGGAUCAGUUUGAUAUUAUGGAGAAAAAGUCUCAAGCUUUGGUCGCUAGGGGCGUAUUGACGCGGGUGAAGGAUAUUGUGGAAAACGUAUGGAAGCGCCGGGAUCUGGAUUGUGAUGGGGUUGUGGGGGCAGACAGGGAGGGGAUAGGUGAUUGGGAAAAGUAUGUGCAGCCUUUGAGUGAUGGGUUGUGUUUGGGCUAGAUUUUGCACUAUGGGAACGAGUUGUGUAAAGAACUGAAUGAUUGUACAUAGUACCCAUUUUAUUAGGUCAUCGAAUCGGCGUCGAUCGACCUUUGUAUGAUUUA